AUGCCCCCUACCUCUUUCUCAGCUUUUCAACUGCCUAAAACUCAAAUACAGAGAAAACAUGAGUUGGUCGCUGGUCUCUUUAAAGAGAUCUUAGAAAGAUUUCGGGACUGGGAUCUGUGUCGAGAAUCGCCCAGCCUUUUCCUGGUGUAUGCCUAUGACAAUCCCUCUGUUGGUCGAGCUGACGCUGGGGUUUCCCGGAAUUUGAUUCAAUGGUUGUCCAGUUUACGUUUCCAUAUUUAUUCUGACUGCACGGUAAGCGGAUAUAAUACUUUAGCGUUUCAAACCACUUUGAUGAAUACAGCCAAGGCUGAUGACGUACUGUCCAGUCAGCUUUGUUUAUUGCCGAAUCACUCAGAGUCUGUAGAUAGAGUUAUUUUAUGUGGAUCAGAAGUACUGGGACGCUAUAUAGAAACUUCAUAUUACCAGAGCUAUUAUCAGUCACUCAAAAGUGCCUAUCAAAAAGCUUUAAAACAAUUUGAUGGGAUCGACAGCAUCAAGGAGGCAUUACGUGAGGUCGUUAAUCACAAUCUGAAGGAAAAGGAGUUUCACCAUGUGUUAACAGAACUGGCCUUUUUGCAUAUUCGGUAUGAUUACAAGCAAGAAGAUCAUGGUAUCAUUCCAGUUUUACUCAAUGGAACAUUUCAGAAAUGCUUUCCGGCAUUCAUUGUAAAAUCAACCACCAUUUGCAUCUAUGAGCCUUCUUUGUACGUCCCAGGGAAUUGGAAUGGUGAAGAAACCUAUCAAGAUCAAGGUGUGCAUAUAGGAUUUUUCAAACUGUUAAAACGGCUACUUGUAAACCAGGAAAGGCGCAUUCAACUCAUCGAAGAAGAAGUCUACCAUUCUUGUAUUCAAGCAUUGCGAAAGAAUCAUUCCAAGGUGUUAGAACCACAGGCAUUUUCAACCUAUAUGAAAGAUGCCUACCUAAAAGUCUUAGACAAACUGCUGGAAGAUGGUACAACCUUCCUGCGACAACUUGGUCCUGAAACUUCUCCAAAACCUAUUCCUCAAUGCAAACAAAAUAGCAUGUUACAAACUGCUCAAAUUCUUGAGGUCAUGCAGGCUCAAACUCAAAUUGAGUCUUUAAUUGAAGCUAAAGUCAGUGCUCUUAAAAUAGAUCUUAAAUCUUAUCUUCAAUCUGAAAUUCAUUUAGUUAAAUCUUCCAUAGAUUCUAAACUUGAAGCUAUGCAGGAAGCACAAACUUCUCUGAAUUCUAAAUUAGAAUUAAUUUUGGCUUCAUUAAAUAAACCUUCUAGAUAG